GAUUAUUAUCUAAGGCAUCGCUACAAUGUUCGAAUAUAUUGUAGAUAAAGAUUUUUGUAUUCUCUUUUAUGCUAUAAAAUUGUCCCUGCGAUGGCGUUAUAGCCGAAGUUAACGGGUUUUCUUGUUUUAGCAAUCUUUUGUUGAAAAUGCGAGAUAUUUGUAUUUUAAAUUUCCUCAUAAAAUCAUGACAUUUAAUUAAAAGUUGUGUUGUUUCUAGUUAUAGGUUAGGAAUAUGCAGUUUAUGGGUAUUCUCUUGCACCGUGCACCUAUCAAUAAUAUCGGAAGGCAAAGUGUCCAAAAGUUAUUUUAAAAUAUCCAAACUAUUUUUUUGGACAAUGACAUGAUUGAUGACUGUUAUAAAAAAAUUUGUUUUGACAGCUCUCUCUCGCAUCAAAGAGAUUCGUAUCAUGUCAUCCUUACUGCUAAAGAGAGAAUAUAGGGAAAAAGUAAGGUACUUUCAAUCGAAGGAAGAUAUAAAAAGUUCAUUAUUUUGGAAAAAUGUGCUUCCUUUUGUGAAACGUAGAGCAUAACAAAUCUUUGUAAAAACAUUAUAGAUAUAGAGAAAAUCAAAAGUAAUAUUAUUAAUAUUAACCGCCAAUGCGCAACUGCUGUAAUUGAUGGAGUUUAAGUAAUCGGAACGAACAUAAAUUUUUAUCCUGCCGAGGACUGACAACUCGCAAUUACUUCAGGAAUAAUUUCCGUCACUACAACGACAACAAAAACACUGUAACGCUGUCUCUAGAUCUAAAUUUAAUAUUUGCAGACCCAUUCAGAAUUGGGAAGAUGCAUAUAAAUCUUGUGGUUAAUGAGAACAAGAAAAGAUGGAUAUCCAUUGUGUCAUUUUGAAAUGAUGCCUAACUAAACCACUUGUGUGGCUUUACGUCAGCGGCCAAACUCGUCAAAGAGAUUAAAGAGCUUGUCAAGAAAAAUACGCAUUUAAUUAAUUUCCUCCAUAUCUAUACUGCUAUUACUAUAUUGAGACCAGUGACGGCAACCGCUUGCUUUGAGAUCCAAUUUAAGGAGCGGAGAAAGGCUGCAUUUUACAGCUUAGCCAAUAACUAAUGUAUUUAUAAUCGUAUUUGAAGUCUUGCAAUAUAGAUGACGGUUCAAUACAUAUGAAAAAUAAAAGAAUGUUUAAUCUACACAAGCGUCACUUUUUAAUACGCCAACAAAAUGAGAUCAACGGAUCACCGAUCACAAGGCUAUAGCGAACUUUAGGAGGAACGAAAUAUAUUGAACGUUUUAUAUGAAAAUACUCGGAUACGCAAAUGAGUAAGUCGAACUCUUCCGUUAGAAGGUCGAAUUCAAAGUACGUGUGGUGGUUUUAACUCGUUUUGACAAUAAUUAACUUAGUGGGUAUGCGAUAUGUACAUAAGUAUGUUUCUACAUUGUAUUCUACAGAGUAUGAUUUGUGAAGGCUACAGAGGUCGGCUGUAUCAAUUACGGCGGAAGGAAUUGUCACGUAUGUGGCUAGCGGUUUUUACUUUUUUUAUAUUAACAGAUAGUAUGGUUAACUCUGAGUUAGCAAGUGAUAUGGAGAAUUACCAGUUUGUUAAUGAUGGCCGCUUGGAUUAUAUGAUGCACUAUAUGGUACCACGUGACUAUAAUGACAAAAUGAAUUCGAAAUCCUUGACAAAUUUUAAAUGGCAACAUUUUUCUAAAAACAACUUUUUGUAUAGCAACGAGGAUGAAAUACUUAGCAAAACAAUUAUUCAGACACUAGCUUUGAUAUUAAAAGAACCAGUUAUUUUACUAAGUCCAAAAAAUGCGACAUUUCAUGAUGAAACAAAACCAGUGAUUCAGGCAAUUUGUCUAAUGGCUAAUGUUAUUUCAUCAUCUGCAAUACAAAGACAUAAACUAUCACUAUACGCUAAUCAUAUUCUGCAGGAAGAAGGUGUAAAACUUUUAAAUCGUGAAAGUUUAUUUGAACACCACAGCCAUACUUUGCACGACUCUGAUGUUAAAUCAACUCAAGCUGUACCACCAACAAGUACACAAGCCAUUGUUAAUGUUUGCGCAUCAUGUCAAAUGCGAGAAAAAGUGAAGCUCAAAAGCUUAGAAUCAAUAAAAAAACUUAUUCUCAUACGCUUACAAUUACAACGCUUGCCAAAUAUAACCAAACCCAUUGCUGUGCCUAAUAACAUUAUUGACAAAUUCUAUAAAAACUUUCAUGGUGCAGUGACAGACAACUUUGUCGGCUACAGUAUGAAUUCUGAGGCGCGAAAUGCAGAAGGGCAACAGAAAAACAUUAACCCAAUCUUACCACAAUACACAAAGAGGAUGCACAGAACUCAUGACCUGUAUAGGCAACGGCGUCUCUUUGAUAAUCAAAAUACACAAAGGAAAUAUCAGACAAUCCACAGAUCACGCAGUAAACCUUCGCUUCAUCCUUCUAUCAUUCACUCUCACGAAAAUUACGAAAAACUAUUCGAAUCAACUGAAAAUAUGCAAAACGAUGAAUAUGUACAGAAUGACGACUUUCAACCGCAAUACGAUGAUCAACAAAUGCUUAGUAAAAACAAUCGAAGAGAACGAAUGAAUUACCAGCAAGAACAAUUGUUUCCUCCCAUUGAAGGUGAUAUAUAUGAUGGCUUACCCCAUGAAAAUUAUGGUACAUAUGACCCCAUAAGGGACGUGGAUGAUGAAUCAUUCUCACAUGUUAACAGCAUAUAUGUUUUUCCAUCCGUUUCUCGGAUGCGUCACAAUCGUAGAUGGGAUGUAAUCAAUUUUAAAUUUGAUCACAGCCAUUUAACAAUAAUUCGUACGAUUAUUCAUCUUUACAUACGUGGUCGGGAUUGGAUGAGAAAACAUUAUCCCGAUAUAUUGAAACAAACAGUUGUUAAUGGGAGUACUAUGCGAAGUCGUGACUUAAUAAUCAUGAUCCAUCAUGUCGUGCGAGGUUCGCAUUAUCAAAACCGCACACAUACGUUAAAAUUAGUAGAGAGCCGUCACCACAUACCAGCGGGCUUAGGACAAUGGGUACAAUUCGAAGUUAAGCACAAACUACCAUUUUGGCCGCAGCAAAAUUAUAUUACAAUGACGCUUGCAAUUAAGACACGUGAGGCUUGGAUGCGACCAUUUUUAGUAAUCCAUUCGGAAGAUGCACAAAAUAAUCAAUUCCCUCUACACAUCGAAGCAUUUAUCAGACAACCUCGUCGCCGAAAACGAAGCACAUCAUUAGAUUGCAAAGAGAGUGACCAUGAAGUGCGUUGCUGCCGAUAUCCACUAAAAGUAAAUUUUACUAAUUUCGGCUGGAACUUUGUCGUUGCGCCAACCUCAUUCGAUGCAUACUUUUGUAAUGGAGAAUGUAAAGUUGGUUAUUUGGAACAAUAUACUCAUACGCACAUUGCAUCAUUAACCACUUCUGCGACUCCCUGCUGCUCUCCAACUAAAAUGAAUUCGUUGAGUUUGCUUUAUUUCGACCAAGACCAUAAUUUAGUUUUAAGCACGAUACCUAAUAUGUCGGUAGAGAAAUGCAGUUGUUCAUAAAUAAUUUCAAAUCUCUGGCGUAUUAAUUUAGGAGUUUUAAAUGCUACUCCAUGUUUGAAAAUUAUUUCUAUACCAAUAGACAUAACUAACAGUUGUAUUGAUGACCAUUGAAUUUCGGGUUACAUUAAUAUACAAUAAUAAUAAAUGCGCUCUCUCGAUCAGCAGGAAUCAAAAUACUAGACAAGAAUACAGAUGCCGUGGUAUACGUGUAUUUGUUUAUUAAGAAUUGUGCCCAAUCAUCUUACAGGUUGCAUUAUAUUUACCAAUAUUUGUGGGUCAGUCAGUUCUGUGUUGGUUGAUUUCAACAUCCACAUCAAAAAAGACAUACAUAUAGUAGAAGUAACACCAAAUACCAAACAAAAGUUAAAGUGCUAAUUAUAUGCAUAUGACUAUUCGAUCAAAUUAAAAUUUUAAACAUCCUCGCCAUUAUAGUAACUUAAAAUAAAAGAAUAUUUUUAGCUGUACAUCAUUUUUUACAUCUGUAUAAAAUAGACUUUAGUUAAACCUUCAUAUAUUGUGUCUAAAAAGUACCCGGAUAUUGCAAAUAAAUCGCAAAGUAUUUAAUUAUUCAUCAA